UUUUUUCUCGUAAUUUUAGUUAAUUAAAGAUAUUCCAAAGAAAAGAAAGAAAAAGUGUUAAAGAGAAAACUACAAAAGCAAUCAAUGAUAAAAGUGGAUUGCAAAGAACAAAGAGUGAGAAAUACGAAAAAGCAGAAGACGUUGACAAACGCGUUUGAGACGGUCGUGUUGCGUGUGUAAUUUUCUAAAACGCUGCACGAUACCCUGCCCGUUAAAGUACUUUUUUUUUUAUUACCUUCCACAUAAAUCAAAAAAAAAAAGAAGACGAAAUAUUUUGAUGUUUUCUAAUUUAAAUCGUGGCAAAGAUAAAUUUAAUAAAUUCCUUCAUAUACUGAGGGUGCGUAUAUUACUUUUAUAGUUAUGUUUGUGUUCUUUUAUAUAUUGUUUGCAUUGUAUGCACACAAGCACAUACACAUACACGCAUGUGUACAUAUGUAGUACGUUUCAAGUUAACGUUAAUUCAUUCAUAUUUCUUCGUAUGAUUGGAUAUUUGUUCUAAAAAGACAGAAUUUGUACAAAUAAACGAAUCAACAUCAAGCUGUGUAAGUUAUACCUAAAGAAAAAAAUUUGCCCAAGAACUUAUAAGUAAAAAAAAAACUGACAUCGGCAAUUCGCAACAUCGACGCAAAGGCAACAGUAACAGCGGUAGAGGCUAGCCUGUUAACCCGUUAUGGAUAUUACAGCAACAGCGGCAACAACAGCAGCAUCACUGCUACAAAGUACAACUAUUGCAGCUACGAUUGCUACCAGUACUGCAAAAACGACGGACGUCCCAGCGACCGUUGCUAACAAUAACAAUAAUAAUAGCAGUAAUAACAACAACAAUAAUAAUAAUAAUAGUAUCAAUAGCAAAAUUGCCACAACUAACGGCAUUAAGGAAAAUAACAGUAAUAAUAUUAACACCACAACCACAACAACUGUUUCAGUACCAAUUGUGGUAACAAACAUAUCACCGGUUGCCGGCGGUAUAUCAGCAACACAAGCCAAGAGCACAGAGGCCAAUAAGGAAAAUAAAAGCACUCCACCACGUGAUGCACCGCCACCCACACCAAUAACCAAAGGCAUCAAUUUAUCAGCAACACCAAUUGUUAAAAAGGAGAAACGACAGAUCAGUUCACGUUACAAUGUGUCAAAAAAUUGCGAACUUACACCAUUGCCGCCAUUAAAUGAAAUUAUUUAUUCCAUCAAUGUUUCAAAUGUUGCCCAUCAAGCAACAGUGAUACUUAAUGCAACAACUGCAUCAGGUGGUGGGGGAGGAAGUGCAGUCAGUGCUGCUGCUGCUGCUGUUACAAAUUCCAUUUCAGCUACCACUUCAUCCAUUGUAUCCACACUGGCCCAACAUUUCAAUGCCGCCACAUCGGCUACUUCACUUUUAAAUACCGCCUCAUCCACGCUUGGUGCUACCAAUAAGUCGCCGGUGAGUGCAGCUGCUGCUAUUAAAAAUAUACUGAAUGCUACAAAAAAUGUGGGAAAUUCUAUUAAUACUAAUAAUAAUAACAACAACAACAACAACAGCAACAGCAAUAAUAACAACGGUAGUGCCCAAGUUCAAGGCUUAGCCCCUUCUUCUAUUGUAACGGCAAUGAAUGCUGCUACCAACAAUACUACAACAGGUUCGGUUACUCAGAGCAUAGUUAGCGGCAUAAGUAUAUCGUUGGGUAUAGGAAAUUCAUCUAACAACGCCAAUCGUAACAUUGCCUCAACAGCGACGCCUUUAAAUAACCAAAAACUUCUUAACACGGGUCAAUGUCAAAAUGGCAAUGAAGGAAAUUUCAAUAGUGGCGGUGGUGGCAUUGCUGGUAGCGAUGUUACCACCCUUAACAGUACAAGCGAUGGGAAAGUUAAUGCUAUCGGUGCGGGAGGUUUGAUGACGCAAACAUUACAACAAAUUACCGGCAGUCCAGGACGGGCGAGAGACCGCAAUAUUUUUCAUUCACCCUCAUCUUCACCGGCUGCUGUGCAAUUACCUUUGCUACGAGAAACUCCUACAAAUGAAAGAGAGGAACUGUUCAUACAAAAGUUGAGACAAUGCUGUACAUUGUUCGAUUUUUCCGAGCCAUUAAGCGACCUAAAAUGGAAGGAAGUGAAGCGUGCUGCUCUUCAUGAGAUGGUAGAAUAUUUAUCAAAUCAAAAUGGUGUUAUAACAGAAACUAUUUAUCCCGAGGCAAUAAAUAUGUUUGCCGUAAAUUUGUUUCGUACUUUGCCUCCGUCUUCUAAUCCGAAUGGUGCUGAAUUCGAUCCGGAGGAGGACGAGCCGACAUUAGAAAGCUCUUGGCCCCAUUUACAAUUUGUUUAUGAAUUGUUUUUGCGAUUUUUGGAAUCGCCUGAUUUUCAACCGAAUAUAGCGAAACGUUACAUAGAUCAUCAUUUUGUUUUGCAACUAUUGGAAUUGUUUGAUUCUGAGGAUCCACGGGAACGUGAUUUCCUAAAGACUGUAUUGCAUCGUAUUUAUGGAAAAUUCUUAGGUUUGCGAGCAUUUAUACGUAAACAAAUUAAUAAUGUCUUCUAUAGAUUCAUUUAUGAGACGGAGCACCACAAUGGUAUAGCUGAGCUACUAGAAAUCUUAGGCAGCAUUAUUAAUGGUUUUGCUUUGCCAUUGAAAGAGGAGCAUAAGCAAUUCUUGCUUAAAGUUCUAUUGCCUUUGCAUAAAGCUAAAAGUCUAUCGGUUUAUCAUCCGCAGUUAACAUAUUGUGUGGUACAAUUUCUUGAAAAAGAUCCAAGUCUUGCCGAACCGGUUAUAAAGAGUCUUUUGAAAUUCUGGCCGAAAACCCACAGUCCCAAAGAAGUAAUGUUUUUAAAUGAACUAGAAGAAUUGCUGGACGUUAUUGAGCCAGCUGAAUUUCAAAAGGUGAUGGUGCCGCUCUUCCGUCAGAUUGCCAAAUGUGUUUCUUCGCCACAUUUUCAGGUGGCCGAGCGUGCUCUCUACUAUUGGAACAACGAGUACAUAAUGUCUUUAAUAUCCGAUAAUUCACAAGUAAUUUUGCCUAUAAUGUUCCCUGCUUUAAAUCGAAAUUCCAAAACCCAUUGGAAUAAGACAAUUCAUGGCUUAAUCUAUAACGCUCUGAAAUUGUUUAUGGAAAUGAAUCAGCGUUUGUUUGACGAAUGCAGCAAAAAUUAUAGACAAGAAAAACAAAUGGAGCGCGACAAAACAAGUCAACGCGAAGAGCUAUGGCAACAAGUAGAACAUAUGGCCAAAAAUAAUCCAGAUUGGUCAAAAAUUUGUGGCCAAAUGGAUAGUUUAAGUAUUUCAAGCAGUCAAAACGAAUUCGACCAGGAUAAUGACAUAUGCGAUUUGACCUACGACAAAUUGGAUUUUGAUGAUAAUCAACUGCAACAACAGCAGUCAAUGCAGCUUAAUAAAAUAAUGCAGGAAAGAGAGAAAUCACCACGUAAUAAGGAUAAACCAUUGCUUCGACGAAAAUCUGAUUUGCCUGCUGAUAGCGGCACAGUACGAGCUCUUAUCGAACAUAAAAGGCCCGAUGAAUAUUUGAAAACACCACCUGAUGUUAACAAGUGUUAAAUGCACACAAAUAUAUACAAACAAAAAAAAUAUAUAUACAUAUAUAAACGCAUAGUACAGCCAACCGCCGCAUAUUGAUAGUUAAAGAAAGAAAAAGAAAUCAACAACAACAACAACAACAACAA